UCACUCCUUUUUUAAUCUUUUUAUUUCCCUCUUCCCCAAGUAACUUGGAAAAUCGCUUGGAUUCCCCUUUUUUCCUCAAAAAGUCAAUAAAAAAGUCCUAAAAUGCGAUUAUCUCGGAAUCAAUCCGUCUUUGAUUCUAUUUUCACACUUAUUUUCGAUUGAUUUUCUAGAGAGAAGAACAAAAAAAAAAAAAGUAAAGAUGGCGGAAACAGAGCGACGAACACAGAAUCCAUGGAUGAGUUCAGAGAAAUCUUCAAGAGUUGAAAUCAACGGUCACGAUUUGUCGAUCACGGAACCAAUGAUAACCGAUAAAGAUGGGAGCGAAUUAUGUGCUCCUCAGGACCAGCACAAUAACAAUGCGUCCGAUUCGAAUCUAGGGAUUGGAGAGCGAGCUUUCUCUGCUGCCGGUGCCGCCUUUUUAUCCGCCAUCAUCGUUAAUCCUCUUGAUGUUGUCAAGACGAGGUUGCAAGCUCAGGCUGCCGGAGUACCUUACUCGCAUCCGCUGAGUAAUCUUAUUAGUCGAAUGGCAUAUUUUGGACCAAACACGAUGUUUGCUGAUUUAAGAUGUUCACCAUCAUGCACACGCGCCGGAGUCCAUGGCACUGUAGCAAUUUGUCCUCCUGAUUGUUUUCAGUACAAAGGAACAUUAGAUGUCUUCAACAAGAUAAUACGCCAGGAGGGAUUUUCUAGGUUAUGGAGAGGAACUAAUGCAGGUCUGGCUUUGGCUGUCCCAACGGUGGGAAUCUAUUUACCUUGCUAUGACAUAUUCCGCAACUGGAUGGACGGGCUCACAGCGCAGUAUAUGCCUGGUUUAACACCAUAUGUUCCUUUGGUUUCUGGCUCUUUGGCAAGGUCAUUAGCUUGUGCUACAUGCUACCCUAUUGAACUUGCUAGAACACGCAUGCAGGCAUUUAAGGACACUCAAACCGGAAAGAAGCCUCCAGGAGUUUUUAGUACCCUUCUAGGAGUUGUAUCCAAUGUCAAGGGCACAAACCCUCAAAGCAGUUUGCAAGGUUAUCGAGUCUUAUGGACAGGUAUGGGAGCACAGCUUGCUCGUGAUGUCCCGUUCUCUGGAAUUUGUUGGUCGACUCUUGAACCUAUUAGGAGAAGACUUCUGGAUUUGGUGGGUGAAGAACCCAAUGUAGCUACUAUCCUUGGGGCAAACUUUUCCGCUGGGUUUGUUGCUGGAAGCCUUGCUGGUGCUGCUACCUGUCCUUUGGAUGUUGCUAAAACUCGAAGGCAGAUAGAGAAGGACCCUGUGAGGGCAUUGCAAAUGACAACACGGCAGACAUUGAUGGAAGUUUGGAGACCAUUGCUUUGCUCCUAGCGUGCCAUGACCCAUGCCUUGUUCUCAAAGAGAACAAUAAGGCAUUAAGCAUUCUUGAAACCCAUUCUUUUUGAGAAUUUAGCUUCCCUCUUUUUCUUUUAAAAAGAACCUCAUGGGAGAUAUCCAAAAGGAAAUCUUCCUGUGCUGUUGAUGGAACAUGAUUGGGCGUGCAAAAGUGGUUUGAGUUUCUCCAAGGACUGAUUCUUCAUUCUCAACCCUAGAUUGUGUUGCAAUUCGUGCGGUACUUAGUGCUAUUGCUAUUGAUUCUGGGAUAUUUUAUGUGUAUCAUUUUUUUGCUUCAAACAUAGUUUUUUCGAUUGAGCAUGUGUUAUUUUAGUAUUUAUAAUUUUAAACAAUAAAUAAUAUUGUAUUUUAGUUAGAAAAUAAUGAUAAGUUACUAAUAGUAAUAAUAUUUACUGCUAAAAUUUGCUUUGUAAUUAAUUGCUAAAUUGAUCAUAUUAUUAUUCAUGAAAAACAUUUUAAAAUGGUAUAAUAGAAAAAGUUCAUAAUGUACCAUUUACUUUAUAUUUUUUAACCAAACGAAGUUUUAAUCUUGCCUUUUCUUUUCCUUCUUCGAUUUAGGACUCUUCUUUUCCUUUCCUUUCCUUUCCUUUAAAAAAGCAAUCCAAACAUAGUCUUAGUUUUUAUUUGUUGCUUGGUUGUGCUGUGAGUUUGUGAUUUUACUUUUAGUUUUGCUGCAUUAUAUGUGAGAACCUAUCAUGUUGAUUGAUUUGAGUCAAAACCGCUUGUAUAAUUUGGAA